AUGAUAGAGGUUUCUUUCUUUCCAUAUAAACACAAUUUAGAUUGUCAAGACAAGAUUGUCAAGACGGUUAGAGACCACCUGUUCCAGACGACUAUAAGUGCUGGUACGAUGGAGAUUUCGGGGCAUUUUAGUAUUUUCGCUGCCCUAGUCUUUGUAGUUUGUUUGAAUCUUCAGUUAGGGAAAACAGAAGCAAUGCCUUAUUUCGAGGGAGAAGAUGAACAACCUGCAACAGUAACAAUUAAGGCCGCAGUUACGGAUGAAAGACAACGGCGGUCGGUUGACCAAUUCCCGGACCAAUUAGAUGUUGAUUUGUCAACUGAAGCAACCAAUGAAAAGUUUCGAAAUCUAAAAAGAAAUUUUCACGUGCCCGAUAUCAAAUACGUUCUCAUGAUGGAAAAUGAAGCAGUUAAAAAGUUCAAAUAUGAGAGUAAUGAGAAAUAUGCAUAUUAUCUUGAUAUCACAUGUGGUGCGGCAUUUAAAGUCUCUUUGAAGUCAGACAGAACUGAAGAGUUUGAUAUUUACGGAACAUUUGUGUCUGAACAUAUUGAAUAUUUGGUACAACCAUCGAAGGAUAACCAAAGUACUUAUACAGUAUCAAAGAUGUUAGAAAAACGUCCGACAUUAUUUGAUUAUCAAAGUUUGUCGGACACUGAUGCCAAAAUAAUUCAAGAGAAGACACAAAAACGCUCAAAGCAGACGCCAAUGACUGCAAGAGAAAAGCGGCAGACCACCGAUUACGAGAUAGAAAUUUUCUUCGUGCAUGACUUUGCAAUGUAUAAUAGUUGGUACGCUACUACUGUGGGAGAGAGCGACAGACACGCUGUCACUGUUAAUAAAAUAAUUCAGUUCACGUCUUUCCUAUUAAAUGCGAUUGAUCUUCGGUACCAAACAGUGACCGACUAUUCGUAUACAAUAUCCUGUCUUUUUGCUGGAGUCUACAUAGCUAAUGUUUCAAGCGACGCUCCUUUUGUAGAAAAUUACGUUUCCAGCAACCAAGUAGAUGCUGACACGGUUCUCGGCGCCUUCCAGACAUGGGGAGAGGCUGCACUAAGCGAUUUUAACUACGACCAUGCCAUGAUGUUUACUGCCUAUGAUCUUACAAGAACGUCAGCCGGCGUAGUAUCUUCUUUUACAGCAGGUCUAGCGUAUUUACCGUCGUAUUAUAACAACGGGGAUCUGUAUGCAGCCGCAGUUUGUGGUACGUUAAGGUAUUCUAUCAACGAAGGGGGAAGUAUCAUCGAAAGGACUAAUUUAGACCCGACUAUGGCUACAAUUGCCGCUCACGAACUUGGACAUAAUCUCGGGUCGUCUCAUGAUGGAUCUUCAAAUACCUGCUCUGGUGGAUAUAUCAUGGAGCCGAGUUCCGGUGUUAGCAGUGAUCCUUCAGAUAACCUUAAACUUUGGCAGUUCUCGUCUUGUUCGCAGACAUAUUUCGAUACCUAUAUAACCGAUCUAAAUGAUGCCUCCUUAAACUGUAUGACUGUAAGAACUGCAACUGGCAAUGAUGACCUUGACCCUUACGUAAAUGACAUUGCGGGACAAGUAUAUAACCCGGAUGCCCAAUGUGAGCGGAUAAAAGGUACAGGAUCCUUCCUGUACAGGCCCUUUUACAAUGACGAUUAUUCGAAAGUAUGUGCAACAAUGGCAUGUGCCUCGGCAACUACUUCCGGUAGUUAUUCCUACUCCGUGGCGUGGGAAGGAACAACGUGCGGAAAUGGCAAGAUAUGUCAGUCAGGAUCUUGUGUUGUAUCUCCUGGGGCACCUCAAGUAACCAAUGAAACGUGUCCAUUUGGAGAUGUUCCAUUCAACGUGCCGUUCCAGACAACAGGAUGUUCAGAGUUUCUCGGCGCACAUGCAAAAUCUUUCAAUUGUUACCAAGAUAUUUACAGGGAGAGCUGCUGUGAAUCGUGUGAGGCUAUUCGACAAAGCAACUUGGCGUUUACAGAUUGUGACUAUGGCGAUAAAGCCGGAUGGUGCUCAGGAAUGACGUUAUCAAGUUGUAGAUACAACAGCAACACAUGCUGUCGGAUAUGCCAAGAAUUGCAACUAGAUAUUCCAGGUUGUCCAUGGGGUGAUUUGUAUUCUACCUGUGCAAGUUUACCAUGCAGCACUUAUUCUGAAGAAUGUUGUCAAACUUGUGCACCUCCCACAACUACCACUACCCCUACAACAACAACGACAACAACACCUACAACAACGACCACUACCCCUACAACAACGACAACAACACCAACAACAACGACAACCAACACCUACAACAACGACAACAACACCUACAACAACGACAACAACACCUACAACAACGACCACCACCCUACAACAACGACAACAACACCUACAACAACGACAACAACACCUACAACAACGACCACCACCCCAACAACAACGACAACAACACCUACAACAACGACAACCACCCCUACAACAACGACAACAACACCUACAACAACGACAACAACGACCACCACCCCUACAACAACGACAACUACACCUACAACGACGACAACAACACCUACAACAACGACAACAACACCUACAACAACGACAACAACACCUACAACAACUACCACAACACCUACAACAACUACCACAACACCUACAACAACGACCACAACACCAACAACAACGACAACAACACCUACAACAACUACCACCACCCCUACAACAACGACACAACACCUACAACAACGACCACUACCCCUACAACAACGACAACCACCCCUACAACAACGACCACCACACCUACAACGACGACCACAACACCUACAACAACGACCACUACACCUACAACAACGACCACCACCACACACUACAACGACGACCACAACACCUACAACAACGACCACCACCCCAACAACAACGACCACCACCCCUACAACAACGACCACUACACCUACAACAACGACCACCACACUACAACAACUACACACCUACGACCACAACACCUACAACAACGACCACCACACCUACAACAACGACCACUACACCUACAACAACGACCACUACACCUACAACAACGACCACUACACCUACAACAACGACAACAACACCUACAACAACGACCACCACACCUACAACAACGACACUACAACACCUACAACAACGACAACCACACCUACAACAACUACUACUACACCUACAACAACGACCACUACACCUACAACGACAACCACUUCACCUGAAACAACGACAACUACCCCUACAACAACUACCACUACCCCUACAACAACGACCACUACCCCUACAACAACGACCACUACACCUACAACAACGACCACUACCCCUACAACAACGACCACUACACCUACAACAACGACCACUACCCCAACAACAACGACCACUACACCUACAACGACGACCACUACACCUACAACAACGACCACUACACCUACAACAACGACUACUACCCCUACAACAACGACCACUACACCUACAACAACGACCACCAGACGUCGGUUUAGAAGACCCAGGAUAAUAAUUUAUAUAUGGAGAUUUCCAAUCAAUACGGCAAAUACAAAUCUUAAUGAUGGAUCUGUCGUACAGAAUGUACAAACAAGGAUAUUCAUAUUUAUGAGACGAUAUGUCGGAGGCAGAAUAAGAAAUUUGAGGGUUUUGCGGCUUCGCCGUGGAAGUCUUAUUGUGGAUUACGAGUUAGAAGUUGAAGACGAUGCAGAUGUGGCAAGCGAACUAACAAAGGCUAAUUUAGAUCUGGUUACUGGUAAAGAGAAUAUCACGUUGUUAAAUGAAACAGUCUCGGCAAUGUCAGUUCAGAUCAACGACACUAUAGUGACCAAUGAAACGGCUAGAAGACCGGAGACUAUGUGUAAUCUGUUCAUAUUGACAAACGGAGUCUGUGAGGAAAAUUACCACUGUGCAGUUGAAAAGGGGAUCCCCUUUUGUGUCAUAAAGGAAACGCAAUUUGGCCUUUCAGUGUUGGUUGCUAUUGGCGUCUCUUGUUUCGUAGUCCUUCUUGUUGUCGUAUCUGCUCUCAUGUGUAUGACCGUCCGUAUGUACAGAUUCCAGAAACUCAAACAUAGACUUGCUUCGCGGUCAACGGGAAGUGAUUCAACAGAUUCUGGGGACCAUGAUUGGCCACACAAACGCACCAUUGUUCCAUUUGGAUCUAUCGGUGGGCGGCAAGAUAUGACAUUAGGUUACCUCCCUUAUUCAGGGGAGGUAGUCGAGUAUAGCAAUGGCGGAUACGUUUCGGACUCGCCGAGAUAUAGUCAUUCACAAGAUAGUAACGGGUACAGAGAAAUCAAGGUACAUGGCAGACAUAGUAAAGAUGAGAGAAUGCACAAGAGAAGGAAUUUACAUAACUACGGUUAUGACAACCGAGCCAUGAACUAUGAUCAAAGUUUGUCAGACAACUAUCUUUGAGAACGAAAACGAGUCUUGGACAAUAUCAACAUGGAAACUAUUGAUACCAACGCAGACUAUCGUCAUUAUAGUAAAAAAAUUCAAGUUUGACGUUGGAAUUAAAAAGAUCCUAUAUAGGAGCAUUUAAUAUGCAAUUAGAACCUUCUGAAUGUCAGUUUUGUGCACAAUACUAACGUUAAUUAAACCGUAUAAAAUCUGUUUGCAACAAACAUUUUUUGUGAAACAUUGUUUAUAAAACACACACAAACUCCCGAAAAUAUUGCUAGCGUUUAUAUAACAUGGUUUAUUUUCAAGAAAAAGUGCUAUUUUUUAUUUUAUUUUUGUUGUUGUUGUUUUUACAUUAUACAUUAUGUUGUGUUAAUUAUAAAUGGUUAAGGGUUCGUAUUUCUGCACAUUCAUUUCUAAUCAUGCACUAACUUUAGUAUUACAUUUUAUCUACUUAUGUUGAAUUGACUAAAAGAAUUCAUUGUACAUGAUCAUUUUGACGUGUGCAAUAGUAAUUGUGUUGACAGUUGUUCCGGUAAUGUACCAGACAGUUUAACGUUUGUCCGUCUGUCUGUGGAAUCUGUCAUGACUAUAUAUAUUGUGCUCAUUUUCAGGAUGCAGAUUUAGAGCAAAUUUUCACUUUUUCACUUUACUUAAGACAUGAUAUAAGGUCAGAUUCAGGCCUAUUUGUUGUUUUUUUUUUCAUAUUAUUAUCAUUAUAACUAUCAUUAUUGAAUUAAAACAUUGAUGAAUAUUUAAAACAUCUCUUAUAAAUAACUUUACUUCUUACAUGUAAAAUUUUAAAACAGGAAAUAUCUCUACUAAGAAAGAGUGGUUUGUGUUUUUUUAUGUGUAUCUUUUUAAUUGGGUGGGGCCAAAAAAAUCUUAAAUCAUUCAUAACUGUCAUGUUAUAACAAUUCAUGUGAAACAGGAUUUUUGUAUGUGCCAGUGCUUUUUAGUAUAUAUUUGAAUGCUAGAGAAAACGCAGUAUAAAUGUCAAAGAGGAAAAUACUGGUACCUCUUCAUUGUUUUCUAAAAUCAUUAAAUUUUUGCAUACAUUUACUGUCAGUAUAUGUUUUAAUCUUAAUUAUUAUAUUUCAAUCAUUGAAAUAUCUUGACAUGCUUGCACGCUGGUCGUCAAAAAAGCACCUUUUAAUUACAUUCAUGUCUUCAUUUUAUCUUAAUACCAGUUCAUAUAUACUUACAUAUUAUAAAAUAAAUUUUGAACGAGA